CGCUGUCCCGCGGAGGGCGGGGGAGCGAACUGUUGUGGUGCGGAGCGUUGGGCGGGCGGCGGCCGGGCGGCCCAGGGGCUGCCGCGGGACUCGGGGCGCAGCCGAGCGGCUGCAGGGGUGGGGCGGGCCGGACGCGCCCCGGGGCCCGGACGCCGCGGGUUCGAGGCCGGGCCCCGCGCGGGGAGGCCGCGCCACCCCGGGGGAGCUGCCCGGCGGCGAGUUUGCCCGGCAGCCGAAAUAAGGCGGGAGCCUGCGGGGGCCCUCGGAACCCCCUGCCAACCCGGGCCUGGAGUCCUCGGGGAGCGGCUGCUUCCUGGGACGCCCUCUCGGACGUCCCCGCCGAAGGGUAACGGUUAAGGGCCCCCGGCAGAAGGCGCCUCCGGGUGACUCCCGGCGGGGCCCUGCGAGCCGCAGGAGCCGACCCCGGGGCCGCGAGCGGGGAGGAAGGGGCUUGGCGGAGACGCGGGGCCGGAGACCGAAGGAGCGGGAGCGCGGCGGAGCGGAGCCGGGCCUCCCGGUCGCGGGGCAGGGCAGCGCCUCGGCUGCAGACGGACUCUGGGACCCUCGAGUGCGGGGGCCUCGGCAACCUGCCCCGCGGGGAGCGCGGCCGCGGAGUGGCCUACGGGGGACCCUCCCCCAGAGGGGCCGGCCCGGGGCGGGGAGAUGAACGGCUUUAGCACAGAGGAGGACAGCCGGGAAGGGCCCCCCGCCGCCCCCGCCGCCGCCCCGGGCUACGGCCAGAGCUGCUGCCUCAUCGAGGACGGCGAGCGCUGCGUCCGGCCCGCGGGCAACGCCUCCUUCAGCAAGAGGGUGCAGAAGAGCAUCUCGCAGAAGAAACUCAAGCUGGACAUCGACAAGAGCGUAAGACACCUGUAUAUUUGCGAUUUCCACAAAAAUUUCAUCCAGAGUGUACGAAAUAAAAGGAAGAGGAAGACAAGUGACGAUGGUGGAGAUUCUCCUGAGCAUGACACUGACAUUCCUGAGGUUGAUCUGUUCCAGCUGCAGGUGAACACUCUCCGACGUUAUAAACGGCACUACAAAUUGCAGACCAGACCAGGCUUCAAUAAGGCCCAGUUAGCAGAAACUGUCAGCCGACACUUCAGGAACAUACCCGUGAAUGAAAAGGAGACGCUCGCUUACUUCAUCUACAUGGUGAAGAGUAACAAGAGUAGACUGGACCAGAAAUCAGAGGGUGGCAAGCAGCUUGAGUGAUGAUGAAGCACAUCUUCAAGAAAUGAAGUAUAAUGCUUAAUGCACAGGUGAUAUCUGCUACAUUUAAGCCCGUAAAGACUGUUAAAUUUUAUUGUAAAUAAAAAAGUUUGAAUGAUGAA